AUGGGUUUCUUCAGCCGUAAACCUCGCGACGGCCCGGGAGCACAUGCAGCCACCACCACCCCGCCCAAACACCACAAUGACAAGGGGACGCCUUACUACUCCAUGAGCUCGCGGCCCAAGUUCGGCCAGUGGCUCAAGCACACCUGGCUCGACAUUGUCACGAUGGUUAUCAUGGGCGUCAUUGGCCUUGGUGUCUACGAAGCGCACCCGGCACCAACCCGCUCGUUCCCCGUCCUCUUCUCUGACGGCGAGGUCGUCUACCCCGAGUUUGCCUAUCCCCUUCGCAAGGAGAUCGUUCCCAUCUGGGCCGCUGCACUGCUCGCAGCCCUUGUCCCUAUUUUCGUCUUCCUGGUCAUGCAGAUCCGCAUCCGCUCCUUCUGGGACGUCAACAAUGCUGUCAUCGGCCUCCUCUACGCCUUGAUCACUGCCGCCGUCUUCCAGGUCUUCGUCAAGUGGCUGAUCGGGGGUCUACGCCCGCAUUUCUUGACCGUGUGCCAGCCUGACAUCUCCCUCGCCAGCAACAACCCCGGCGACAAGGGUGCUGGCUACAACGCAGCCGGGUUCAAGCAGAUCUACUACACAAGCGAGAUCUGCACCGGCGACCGGAACACUAUCGACGACAGCCUUGAGUCGAUGCCGUCUGGCCACACCACCGCCGCCUUCGCAGGCUUUGUCUACCUGUAUCUCUACCUCAACGCCAAGCUCAAGGUCUUCUCCAACUAUCAUCCCGCUAUGUGGAAGCUGAUCGCCAUCUACGCCCCAAUCCUCGGCGCUUGCCUUAUCGGCGGUGCCCUGACAAUUGACGAGUUUCACAAUUGGUACGAUAUUCUUGCAGGCGCAAUUAUCGGCACGGUGAUGGCCUUCUCCGCGUACAGGAUGACAUACGCGGCCAUCUGGGACUGGCGCAUCAACCACAUUCCCCUCAACAGGGGUGUGCCAUUUGACUUUGCCAACCCCGAGCUCACGCAUGCUACAUUCACGAGGAAGGUUGGCUGGGGUGCUUCGACUGGUGUCGUCGGCGAGCACAACGGGCACCAUGGCUACGGCCAUGGCCACAACGCGUCCAUUGGCACCAGUGGCGUGUCGAGGAAGCCUGUUGGGUCCGGCCGGGCUCCAGAGACCAUGGUCUAA